AGCAAUAUGGCGGGAGCUGGGGAUCACAGUCGAUCGCUGAAGGAAGCUCUCGUAGAGAGCUUAAAUGCAAUUUUAUCACCGAUUCAUAAUGUCAGAAUAUCUGGGGAAGAACAAGUUAAAGCUCUAGAAGUCACGGAAGAAUUUGGUGUACACCUUGCAGAACUUACUGUUGAUACACAGGGCCCCCUUGCAAUAAGACAGUUGUCGUCUGUUUUGUUGAGACAGUACGUCGAUGCUCACUGGUAUAAACAUGGCGACAAAUUCCGAGAACCUGAAGUUCCCGAACAGGCAAAGGCAGAGAUUAGAAGAAUAUUACCUGUUGGCCUUAAGGAGUCAAUCAGCAAGGUUCGAUCCAGUGUAGCAUAUGCUGUAUCGGCCAUAGCUCACUGGGACUGGCCCGAGGUAUGGCCGGAGUUGUUUCAGAUCCUGAUGCAAGCGUUGACCAGUGGUGAUCCCAAUGCUGUACAUGGAUCCAUGAGGGUUUUAUCUGAGUUCACACAGGAUGUGACUGAUACACAGAUGGGGCACGUAGCUCCAGUUAUUCUACCAGAAAUGUAUAAAAUAUUCCUGCAUGCCGACACUUUUGGAAUCAGAACCAGAUCGCGAGCUGUAAGCAUCUUCAAUGUUUGUGCUGCAAUGAUAGCUACAAUGGCAGAAAUACAAAGGGGUAUUGCCAAACAGCUGUUGUUCCCCUUCAUUCCCCAGUUUACCCAGGCGUUCAUACAGGCUCUGCAGGUCCCCGACGGCUUGACAUCAGACAGCGGACUGAAGAUGGAAAUUGUUAAGGCUAUCACUACAUUGGUGAAGAACUUCCCUAAGCUGAUGUCACAGUACAUCAAUGACAUCCUACCACCUAUUUGGUUGAUAUUCACUCAAAGUGCUGACUUCUAUGUGAGGACUGUCGUGAACAGUUUGGAGGAAUCUGACGACCCUGUUGAUUCUGAUGGUGAGGUCUUAGGGUUUGAGAGUCUGGUGUACGGGGUGUUUGAAUUCGUCCAUGUUCUGAUCGACACUUCCAAGUUCCGCACGACCGUCAAGAGUUCCGUCAACGACAUCCUGUACUACGUCAUCCUCUACAUGCAGAUGACUGAUGAUCAGGUGAGACUGUGGACCAAUAGUCCAGACCAGUUUGUGGAGGAUGAAGAUGACGAUUCCUUUUCGUAUUCAGUCAGAAUAUCAGCACAAGACAUCUUGUUGUCCAUCUGUAGUGAGUUCCCAGAAGACAGCGCCCCCGCCCUGUGUCAGGCUGUCACCAAGCACCUGACUACCGUGGAACCACUAAAGAACGCCAACGACCCAAACUGGUGGAAAGUCCAUGAGUCCUGCAUGCUGGCUAUGGGGAGUGUGACGGACCUGGUCACGGAGUCUAUCCAGUCCGGAAAAGUCCAGUUUGACAUCACCGGCUUCCUCCAGUCUGUGGUGCUGGCCGACAUGAAUUUCUGCAUUUCUCCGUUCUUGGUUGGGAGAAGUUUAUGGACGGCCAGUCGAUACACAGAGGUCACCUCUACAUCUCCAGAGCUCCUCAACAGAUUCCUGCAGUCUACAGUUGGUGGACUCCAUGCCACCCAGCCCCCCACGAUCCGAAUCUCCGCCAUCCGGGCGGUGUACAGCUACUGUCAGCAUCUGAAGUCGGCCAACACCACUCAGUACCUGAUUCCAUUCCUAUCCAACAUACUGGACGGCCUACUCUCCAUCGCCACCCAGUUCUCCUCAGACGUCUUGUCCUUGUGUCUAGAAACGAUGUCCAUACUGUUAACUGUUGAUCAAGCUUUCACUGCCUCUGUAGAGAGCAAAGUUACUCCUCUCACUAUUGCUGUCUUUCUCAAGUUUUCCUCAGAUCCAGUAGUUGUGAACAUUGUGCAGGACAUUUUCAAGGAACUAGCCGGCAACGAGAGUUGUGCUGGUCCCCUUGAACAUCGUCUUCUCCCCACCCUAGUCAGUAUUCUCCAGGCCCCAGACAAGGUUCCUGUCAGCCUCCCACCAGUAUCACUGGAGAUGAUGGAGACUAUGGUCAGGGCACACAAAGGGCCGUUGUCCGAGGUCAUGAUCAAGACCGGGUUUCCCGCUGCGGUUCACUGCACACUACACACGGACGACAAUGCCGCCAUGCAGAAUGGGGGAGAGUGUCUGAGGGCUUUCCUGUCAGUGGCUCUGGAGCAGGUCAUGGCGUGGCAUGACGAACAAGGUAACAACGGACUGUAUUACAUCAUGCAGGUGAUAUCAAAACUUCUGGACCCUAAAACCUCGGAACACACAGCUUCCUUUGUGGGGCGACUGGUCUCCAUAGUGAUCACAAAGGUCGGGAACCAGCUCGGCGAGAACUUGGACCUGAUGUUGAGACUGGUCCUCAGCAAGAUGCAGCAAGCAGAGACCCUCAGUGUGAUGGAGAGUUUGGUGAUGGUGUUUGCCCAGCUGAUGAUCAGUAACAUGCCUGCUGUGCUCGACUUCCUGACCAACGUCCCGGGCCCCACCGGAAAACCCGCCCUGGAGUUUGUGCUCACAGAGUGGUGCUCCCGCCAGCAUCUCUUCUACGGCAAUUACGAAAGAAAAGUCUGCACUGUUGCCCUAUGUAAGCUGUUGCUACAUGCGAUACAGGCCAACGACACCAGACUGCAGGAGAUCAUGAUCCAAGGGGAGGAAGUGGAACAGCCCACCUCAGGGAUCAGAACCAGGUCCAAAACGGCCAACCAACCAGUUCAAUGGACCACCAUUCCAGUUCUGGUCAAGAUCUAUAAACUGCUCAUCAACGAACUGUCCAACCAAAUAGAGACAAACAUGUGUAAGGCCGGUAAGGAUGAUGAGGAUGAUGAGGAAGACGACUGGGAAGAUGAAGAUGCUGAUGGUGAGGAAGACAUCCAGCUGAGGGGGCAGACUCUGUCUGACCUGAUUGACAGUAUGGCGGCCGAGUUCAAUGGGUAUGAUGUUGAUGAUGAGGAGGAAGAGGACCCCGAUUUCUCCAAAGACCCGACCUACCAGAUAGAUUUACAGGCAUACCUCACGGAGUUCCUCCAGUCUUUGUCCCAACAAGCGUGUUACAGUACCUUCAGUUCACAUCACAAUGACUCCGAAAAACACGUUCUACGAACAAUUAACAUCAAUGUUUGAUCUCUAGUCACUCGUUCCUUACCAAAACCCACAUGUUAAACUUUUUUAAAUUUAAAACUGUUUUUAACUUAAUGAUGCCAUUGGUUUUGAUCAUUUUUGGUAUUUUAUGACUGUGUGAAUGUGUGAUGCAUUGAAAAACAGAGUGAGCUUUAAAAUGCCUUGUGAGUGAAAAUGGCUUUUUUAUUUAGGCCUAACAAAUUGGUUUUAGCUGAUGGAUUAUAAUUUAAUGAGAAAAUAAUAACUUAUAGUUGAAUGUAAAAAUUAAAUACAGAUGCAUUUCAAUUUAGAAAAAGGUUAGUGUAAUUUGUAUUGUUAUUUAUUUGUAGAAUUUGGAUGUAUUGUGUCAAUUUGACUGUGUAACUAUUCAGAUUUAAUGUGUAUACCAGCAUUUAUUUGUUUAAAAUAUGCCUAUUAUUUUUAAACUAUGUGCAAUACUCCUCAAAUUUUAUUAUCAAUAAAUCCUUUUAUUUGUUUCUAA